AAUUCCCUACGAGACAGGACGCGUCCUCUGACAGAACGCGGAAAUACGCUCUGACCUAAGAUUGGCUGUUGACCAUAGGAUUCCCGGGCCGAACCAUACCAGGACGCCUCAGCUCCUUCCCAUGCUGAUGCUACCGUUGAGCCUGCUCCGAACUAAAUGCAGGAUACCUUGGACACUGGUCACAUUGCCGUAUUCUAGAUCACAGCUUUACAUGGAGAGGCCAGUGGAGAACGCUAUCCGAUCCAAACUGACUGAGACCCUGAAGCCCAGCCACUUGGAGGUGCUGAAUGAGAGCUAUAUGCAUGCGGUGCCCAAGGGCUCGGAAACGCACUUUAAGGUGGUGGUGGUGUCGGAGAGCUUCCUCGGCAAGUCUCUGAUCCAGAGGCAUAGACUGGUGAAUGAACUGCUGAAGGACGAGUUAGCUGGUCCUGUUCAUGCCUUGUCCAUCCAAGCCAAAACCCCUCAACAAUGGGAGGAAAACCCUGCCAUCAGCAAAAGCCCAGCCUGCAUGGGGGGCUCGAAGCAUGACCCUGAGAUGGGCAGGAAACUUGGCACUCAAGUGUAGAUGUGACCCCUCUAAUAAUGGGAACUUAUAUGUGAGAUAAAGCAAAACAUCUGAUAACUACAUUUUACUAUUUCUGUAAAGAACUGUGAAAAUUGUUAGAUAAACCUGUUUGUGACCAGCUGUGGGCUGCGUACAAAAUGGGUGCAGAGCGCUUCUGUACGUUUAUGUGGUAGUCAAUAAUGGGUUACGGUGAUGUCCCUGUCAAAUGUAGGAAUUAAAUCAUUAUGUGCUGAUAAA